GGGAGUCCUAGACCAAGUCUGUCAUGCCGCCGUUCUCGCAUUCCGAGAAUUUGUACCUCGGACAGAAGACCGAGAGGGGUUGACAUGGCAGACCGCUCCACAGGCGAUCUUAUUUCUUGUGCCGUACUUAUUCAUGGCAUAUCUUGUCCGACGACGGGAUACGCGCUUGAUGCGAGUGCUACUACUGCCGACCGUGAUUGCUAUGACGGUCCGAUGUACGUUCCGCUACCAGUGGAAGGAUAUUCGCUUCAAGUGGUUCGAGUGGGAUCGAGGCUUAGUGGGCCUCGUUGUCAUCGCUAAAUCUAUCGACUUCGCUCUCGUAAGAGAGGGACGAUUCAAAGUAGGCGAGAAGGAGCUCCCCGCGAUCUCCGACCCAGAGCAGAACACGACACAGCGCCGACGAACUAUCCCAGGCAAAGAAGAACCACUAGCGGACCGCGAGGAUUGCGGUAUAGUCGGAAACUUCCUCCCUCGCGCCCUGUACGACGCCCUCGAGGUUGGACUAGCGAUGCGCGGCGUCGGUUGGGACUUCGGGCAGUCGUUAUACAUCCCCUCGGGUGAGCGACCCUCGGAACGCGACGCCUUCAUUAGAGCAACGCUCUGGAGGUUCGCUAGGAAUAUGCUCUAUAUCGACAUAUGGGAAACCAUCGAGAAGCUCACACCGGGUGUGUCCUCGACGGGGGGCACGAUCUUCCUCUCCCAACUUCCGUUCUUCCAGCGGUAUGCGUGUUCGACGUUCCUCCACCUUGGGCACGGGCUGUUCAUCGCCGCUGGGGUGUCUUGCGUAUACGACAUUUUCUCGCUCAUUGGCGCGUUAUUCUGCGGGUCGAAGCCCGACGACUGGCCGCCAAUUGCUGGUGACGUCUGGGCUGCCCAGUCGCUACACGAAUUCUGGUCCAAGGGAUGGCAUCAAUCACUUCGGUACAUAUUCCUAACCUACGGUGGAUUCCCAGGACAAUGGCUCGCAGGCAACGUCGGAAUGGUAUUCGGGACCUUCCUCGCUUCCGCUCUAUUCCAUGAGAUCGGUAUCGCGACUACAGGCGUCGCCAUGGACCGCCGGGUGUUCGUGUUCUUCCUUCUACAGGCUGUGGGCAUCACGAUGGAGAGAGGCUUCGGGAUGCUCACUGGAAGGAGAGUUAGUGGCAUACUUGGUUUCGCGUGGGCCGUCCUAUUCGUUCUUGGCUUCGGCCAGAUGUGCACCGAUUCUUGGUUCAAUAGAGGCAUUGCAGGGGCCCUCGCUGUGCCAGAGUCCUUGAGUAUAGGGAGACAGAUAAUUUUGCCCACUCUCAGGGGCUUGGCACAUCUAUAUACACCAGUACUAGUGUCCUAGACUAUCUGAACAUAUGCCUGAGUGUCGCAAGGGGGUUUCACAUACAUGAAA